UAAAUUACAAUGAUAUGUAUAUGUGCAUAUGUAUUUGUUUUUCCUAAUGCUAAUUAAGUAUUUUAGGGAAAAGCACGAGAGCAGCAAGAGUUGGGGGCCACACUCUGAGGCCACCAAAUAAUUUGUCCUGAGAACCCCUUGCACUGUAGGUGUGAGGUGUGAUUGCAGGUAGUGUAGACAUACCCAAGCAAGCUUUAAUCUAGCUAGCGCAAGUACCAAUAGCAGUGAAGGCGCGGCAGCAUGGACUUCAGCACGGACUAGCGGCCCAAGUAAUACCCAGGAUCGUGGGCAGAUUUGUACAGCUUGUGCUGAAAUACAUCCUGCCACAACUUCACUGCCAUUGGUACUCACCAUUGCUAGAUUAAAGCUAGCUCAGGGAUAGCUACACAUGCUGCAAUCACAUCGCUGGCUGCAGUGUACACAUAUUUGUAGCUCCUUUGCAAAACUGCUUUAGCUAGGCAGGCAGUGGGGCCACUGUAUUGGGAUUCAGGAGACCUGGUUCUAUUCCCAGCUCUGCUGCUAUGUGAACUUGGGCAAGUCAUUUCAUUCUGUGCCUCAGUUUACCUAUCUGUAAAAUGGGGAUAAUAAUACUUUGCAAAGCGAUUUGAGAUCAACUAUGAAAAGUGCUUUAUAAAGAGCUAGGCAUUAUCAUUAGAUUGUUUCCCUUUUCCCUUAAGCUAAGUACAGGACACCAGUAGCACAGUAAUGAUCACACAAUGCUCACAGCCUGAAAAGAGAACAUAGAAAUGUAGGGCUGGAAGGGAUCUCAAGAGGUGACCAAGUCCAAUCCCCCACACUGAAUCAGUACCAAGUAAACCUAGACUAUCCCUGAAAGGUAUUUGUCCAGCCUGUUCUUAAAAACCUCCAAUGAUAGGGAUUCCACCACCUCCCUUGGAAGCCUAUUACAGGACUUAACUAGCCUUAUAAUUAGAAAUAUUUUCCUAAUAUCUACCCUCAAUCACUGUUGCUGCAGAAUAAGUCCAUUAGGUCUUGUCCUACCUCCAGUGGACCUGGAAAAUAAUCAAUUACCAUCCUCUUUAUUACAUAGGGUGACCAGAUGACAAAGGUGAAAUAUCGGGACUCGGGGGGAGGGAGGGAUGGCAGAGCAAAAAAAAAGCCGCUGGAGGGCCCCCCCCCGCACCAGCUCGCCUUGUCUCCACCUCUCCCCGUAGGGGAACGUGCCCAGCUGAUGCAAUCCCACCCACUCAGACAGCAGCAUUUCAGGCAGGCGGCAGCUCUGCCCUGCAGCACAGAGCACCCCGGGAUUAGGAAGGCCAUGGAGAGAAAUGUUAUAACCUUUCCUCCAGCACUGGACCCUACACGCCACUUCCAAACGCUGCUGCUGAAUCAGAGAAGCAGGCUGCAUGGCCAAAUCAGGAAGCUUCGCGAGAUUGCCCGAAACAUCAACAAGCUGCGCAGGCGAUCCUUGAUUGCAAACAUCACUGGGAGUUCCCUGAGUGCAGUAGGAGCAAUCACAGCCAUCGUAGGGCUCUCCUUGAGCCCCGCCACUUUAGGAGCAUCUCUCCUGGCUUCUGCUGUGGGCCUGGGCGUAGCCUCUGCCGGAGGGGCUGUCAAUGUCACUUCCGAUCUCUCCUUAGUGCUCUCUAACUCCAGGGAACUGAGAAGGGUGCAGGAGAUCGCAGUGAACUGUCAGAACCAGAUGAGGGAAAUCCUGAGCUGCCUAGAAUUCCUCCACCGUGGACAGGGCCCAAUGGACCCCCUGUUGCUCCAGUCAGAGAAAAACGCUUCCAUCUCGCUGUACAAUUCCAUCUGCUUCAUGGUAUUCUACGGUUCGCGCAACUUUCUUGUGCCAGAGUACACGAGGGAGGUCACAAAGGUGAGCCAAGCUGUGCUAAAGGCGAAAAUCCAGAAACUGGCUGAAAACCUUGAGUCCUGCAUCAGAGCAAUGGAUGAAGUCUGUGAACUCUUAGAAUCCAGAGCAGAACUUUCCUCCAACACAAGAAACCCCAGCUCAAGUGCCAGGAUCACUGUCAAACCCCAGGGAUCAUCCAGCUGAAACAGCCAAAACUAAAAGUGGGGUUAGAGAUGCUGGAUUAUUCACUAUUUUUAUUACUGUUGUUAUUUUUACAAGUAUUUGUGGCACCCAUCCCCACAGCUGAGAACCAGUUACAAGGUUCUGAUUUAAAUAUGACAGCAAACAUGUCCCCAAAAGGGAGCUGAUGCUUUUACCUCCCUGCAGCAUUGAACUAAAAUUUGAGGUCACGAUGGAGAUCUAGUCUGUAGGGUAAAUGACAGGAAUGACUCCAGAGCCUACAUUUAGUGGAAGACCAGUAGGGUAAAUGCUGGAUUAAAGGCUAAUCUGCCCAAAUUUCCUUGGCUCCGUCCUAUCUGGUGCUGCUCCAUGAUGGCAGAGAGGAAUGGUUCUGGAGUUAGAUCAAAAGACUCCUUGCCUGGUCUUGCUCCCUGGUUGUAAAUAACCUGUGAAUUCUUCUUCUCAUAGAGGUAAAGGGAGUGAGAUCUAUUGAUAUAUCUAGCACCCACAAAUUUCCUACUAAAGUAGCCAGAGAUGUGACAAACUAUGUCCACUAGAUGGCAGUACAGCACACAUAAUAUCUCAGCAGGGGCUAUGCACCAACAAGUAUUCUAUCCCUUUUAAAGAGAUAUUUUCUUUGCCACAUGCUGUGGGACAAAGUGGAAAUGGUGAUAUAUUUUUUCCUAUUUAUUUGUAUAGAGUUAUUUUAAGCUUUUAGAAUUGUAUUUAAAGAAGAAAAAAUGUUUAAGAAUGUUAAAAAGAAUAGCUUCCAACCCAGAGGGAAGCAUUCCGCAGGGCAAAGCAAGUCAGUGCUAGUAUCUGAUGGAAAGUCUCCUAUUUACUCACCAGCCAGCGCAACACCCUAUCAAAAAGGAAGAGAAUUGUCUGAAUUCAAAUAGGCACAAAACAUGUAGAUUGCAGGAAACCAAGUACAGCUCUCAGGAUUGGAGGGGGAAAAAAUGGAAGUGGGAACAAAUCCCCAAAGAGGAAGACUCGCCUCUUGAAAUAUGUAGAGGAGAGUGACAGUUCCUCAUGCAAAAAGGACGUUUCAGUUGUAAGAUGUGGCAGGGGAUUCGAUAGGUAGAGAUGUCAAUAGUUAGGUGUCUUGGGGUAUCAGUGUGAAGGUGGCAGGUCUUAUGAGACAGCAAUACACUGUUAGCAACUGCUGUGGAGGAGUCUGCGGUUGGAAUAUAUAUUGGUACUCAUGAAAAAGAGUGAUGGAGAAGAGAUGGGUGGUCCAGUGGUUAGGGCACUAGCCUAGCACUUAGACCCUGCUCUGCCCCAGACUUCUUGUGUGACUUUGGGCAAGUCACUUGGCCCCUCUGUGCCUCCUUUCCCCAUCUGUAAAAUGGGGACAAUAGCACUUCCUUAUCCCCCAGGGGUAUUGUGAACUCAAUACUUUGCAUAUUGUGAAGCGCUUACAUACUGUGGUGGAGGGGGCCAUAUAGGUAUCUAAGAUAGGUGUAGGAGAGAGGACUUGGAAGCUAGCUUUAGAUUAGUAGGAAAAAGGCUUAGGUCUAGGUACAUUUUCAGUCCCACAUGCAGAACGAGCUAUACACGAGGAACUUCAGAAUCUCAGUGCAGGGAUGAAAAAAAAUGACUUAAAGAGGAGGAUUUAAAUGUAUGAAGCACUGAGGAAACUCUUGAGGGGGGAAAAAGCCAAGCCAGAGUAGCAAAGUUUGAAGUUUUGUCCUUGUUUUAUUCCCCUCCCAUGUUCUUGGAACAUGUGGUUUUAUGUACUUUAAAAAACCACAAGCAGUUGUCGCUGAGAGCAUCUCACAUCCGAGAAUGAUCGCCACACAUGACUAACGACUCUGAUGCGACGCUGAUUCAAUGAAAGGAAUAUGAAGCUAUUUUGUGUCAGUGUAUAUGUAUUUCUGUAUGUGUGUGAUCUCUGAUAUUCUACCACAUCCAUACCCCAGUGCUGGGUCCCUGCUGCCUUUCUGGCUACCAGACACUGUAAAUAAAGACCCAGUGCUAGCA